CACCGGCCGAGCGUGUCCCGCCUCAGGCCCGGCCCCGCUGCGGGGUGAUCCCGGUAAUCCCGGGCCAUCUGGCGCUGUAAUCGUCUGAAUCGGGGUCUUGAUUGAAGCUUUUCUCUGAAAGACUGGAAAAGAAUACAGAACAUAAUGACUACUACGGAUGAUAAACUGCUUGGUGAGAAGCUGCAGUAUUAUUAUAGCAGCAGCGAGGGUGAGGAUGAAGACAGUGAGAAGGAGGAUAAAGAAGGGGAGAGCAGCAUUCCUGAAAGUGUGGGCGAGGUGGAGCUCAGCAGUGAUGGCAGCGCUGUCAAUACAGGUCCCAAGGGAGUCAUUAAUGACUGGCGAAGAUUUAAGCAGCUGGAAACGGAGCAGCGGCAGGAGCAGCGCAGGGAGAUGGAGAGGCUCAUUAAGAAGCUGUCCAUGACGUGCAGGUCUCACUUGGAUGACGAGGCUGAUAAGCAGAAGCAGAAAGAGCUUGAAGAAAAAAUCAAUGGAAAGAUGACUUUACAAGAAUACAACAUGAUCCACAAUGAUGAGGACGAUGAGGAAUUCUUGCAGCGCUACAGGAAGCAGCGGAUGGAGGAGAUGAGGCAGCAGUUGUACAGUGGGCAGCAAUUCAAGCAGGUCUUUGAGAUCACCAGUGGAGAAGCAUUUCUGGACACUGUGGACAAAGAGCAUAAGAGCACACUGAUCAUGAUCCAUAUUUAUGAAGAUGAUAUCCCUGGCACUGAAUCCCUGAAUGGCUGCAUGAUCUGCCUGGCUGCUGAGUACCCAACAGUGAAAUUCUGCAGAGUGAAGAGUUCACUCAUUGGUGCCAGCACUCGCUUCACUAACAAUGCCCUGCCAGCUCUGCUGAUCUACAAGGCAGGGGAGCUCAUUGGCAAUUUUGUGCGCAUCACCGACCAGCUUGGAGAAGAUUUUUUUGCUGUAGACCUGGAGGCUUUUCUGCAGGAAUGUGGUUUGCUGCCAGAAAAAGACCUACUGCUCCUGACUUCUAUACAUAAUCCAUCUGCAUGUUACAGUGAAGACAGUGAUCUGGAAAUAGACUGAGCCAUUUAUGGCAAGGGCCCGUAGGUGUAGUUGUGCUGUGGGAUGUUCUUGUGCUAGGGAUUGUUCUCUUUCUCCAUCGUGUGGGUAUGUAUUCCUCCCCUUCAUGCACUUUGGCUCAUCAAAAAUAACGAGUUCAUAACAUUUUCUUAAAUUAAUUCCAUAUCUGCAACUAAAACAAUCUCAUUUCUGCGCAGUUCAAAUAUGUUUUACUUACCGCGAAGUUCUAACAUGAUUCAGUCAGUUUAGGAAGUUGUUGUCAUGUCUCAGUGUCCUUGCACGUUUCAAUUAAGAUGUGGCCACCAACUCCCCAAGACAAGAACUGAGACUGCAAAUAAAAGAGUUUUAAAAAUUCAAGACUUACUAACCUGGUGCUGAGCUGCUCCAGUUAAAAGUGUGAGGUCCCUUGUUCCAUUCCGCAAUUUGCAGUCUCCUUUCUGGGAGGAUCUUGUUCUAAUGCCUGGCCUUAAAUUUUUGUUCCUUUCUCGCUUACAAAUAACGACAGCCCCUGGCUUCAUCCUAAAAAUUGCUUUUCAGCUGGAGAGAGUUCUUCUUCCCUUCACCUUCCCUGAGACAUAAAUGCAAUUACAGCUCUUAAUACAUUAUUGGGUUUUAAAAUA